CGUGGCAGAACACUCAUCGAGCUCUCGCAGACAUCUAUAUACCUCUCAAUCCAGUUAAUUUCCUUCCCAGCUGCACGCACCACUGUGGACGCGAUGGCCGUAACGGUGACCACCGACGACUCGACUCUGACGCCUGAGAGUGUGCCACUCGGCACCGGCCCUCCCACCCGCGAAGAGCUGCUCGUUUACUAUCCAGCGAAGUUUACGUGGACACAGUUGAAGACGUUCAUCAAUUCUGGCGACCUGGGCUUGCUCAAGAGAGACAGGAAGCUUCAGGCGAGGUACGAUGCGUGGGCUGCGGGGAUUAGGAAGAAAUAUGGGUCUACGGUCAACUAUUUGCUCUCUCAUCGCCUGCAGUGGGGCAAGCCGGACCAGCUAUCUGCGCUUCACUCUAUUCUGGACGAGCAGGAUGAUAAUCAAAACGAAUGCAUGCAUUCUGCGCAGGCGCAAGGACCCACCUCCGAGACCCUUGUUGUUGGCGAACUCCCACCUAUUCCAGCGGACGCACCGCCCUACUUUACCGCAGACACGCCUCCUGAGCUCAUCAGCAUCACCAUGAACGACUGGCCCUACUCCGUACCUCCCGAGAUUGAGCAUACGCUCGUCUGGGCCCGCCUUCCCAUUAUUCCACCAGAUCUCCCGCCGUCCAUCGCCCCGCGGGUCCUUCAGGACGGCAUGUGGGGCUUCACCGGCUCGAUUGAACCCGCGCCGUCCGCGGACACGCUCCCAGACUGCCUGCCGUCUCUCGCGGAGUGGGACGUUACGCUUGACAAACUCGUGCGUUCGCCGCCACCCACAGAGGAGGAGGCGGUGCUGCUAGAGAAGCUGAGCCAGGAGAUAGAUGCGUUCGUGCAGAAAAGAUGGAAAGAGGCCGAAUGGGAGACGGCUUGGUUUGUAAAUCCUCCGAGGCUGCAGAGCAUACCGGGUCUCGCACAUGCCCACGUCUUCGCGAGACACAAGUCCCCAAAAGAGACUGCGGAAUAUUUGGAGAAGAAACAAGAUUCAGUUUAGAAAUCAUCCAUAGACGACGCGCGGACUGGUACAUUCUACCGUUCAUACCAUUCGUUAUCUCAGGUCAGAAUAAAUUGGAAGCACUUUAGAACUCGUAUAUAAUGGCUCUAGGACGUAAAUGAUGAAUAGGAUACAGAUUGCAAUAAUAGAAAGUCAACGUCUGAACUUGUACAAUGCCCCCUAGCAGACCAGAUAAGACCUAGAAAUGGAACUUGUGCACCAUGCUACAAUGAUCAUGAGCUGAUCUCCACCUUGCUGAGCCUCUCCGCGAGGGCGUCUGCCUCCUUAUCCAACUCGUCCUUGGGGCGCGCCUCGAUCGCCUUUGCUUCGUCCUCGGUUUCUUGUGGUUCUUCUUCCUCCUCCUCCUCCUCCUCC